GGGAGACCUUAAACUUGGCUGGAGAGAAAGGCGAAAGCAUUUUACUCGAGCGUCUGGGGAGGAGGAUCUUAGUAGAAGAUAAGGAUUAGACAGCAAUGUUAUGGGUGUUCAUGAUGGGAUAACUUCCAAGAAGCGCAGAAAGUUGGAGCCUCAUGUUGUCGCUAAGUAGUCUACUUUGGAUGUGUGGUUUGAAGUGUUUUUCUUCUUUUUCUUGGGGGGGAGAAUGGGAUUAAGUGAGUGCGCCAAAUAGCUCACUCGUCUGAAAGUGGUAUGAACUUUUCCCCUUUCUGCCUUCAAAUUCAUACAGACGUGCAAGUCAGUGGCGGAAAGUCUGUUUGAAUUGUCUCUCAGAGCCUUCAACUUCACCUGAUAAUAACCGAGAAGAAACAUACUUCUAAAAAGGGAGAGCCGGAGGGAUUAGAAACCUAGAAGGAUCAGGCUUCCACAAAGAUGACCUUCAGACUGUAUCCUCUGCUGGUGCUGCUCUGUCUGCUUCACGGCUCUGAGGGAGUCUGUCCUCACAUGUGCAUCUGUGUAUCCGACACAGCGGGCUGCAGCUCCUGUGGUCUGACCAAGCUUCCUCAGUCCCUGCCGACCUACUCUGUCAUCCUCGACCUCAGCCACAACUAUCUGUCCUGGCUGGGUGUGGGCAGUUUCAAAAAGAUGCCCAAAUUGGAAAAACUCCUAUUGACCCACAACGAGCUUGUCUCUCUGGACGAAGGCGUGUUUACAAAUGCCUCCAGCCUCAGGUACCUUGACCUGUCCUCCAACAAGCUGCGUGUGGUGGAGCAACACUACUUCCAGGGGCUGUGGAAGCUGGAGGAGCUCCUUCUCUUCAAUAAUAAGAUCACACAGUUGGAGGCUGGGAUGUUGAAUGGCCUCAGCAGUUUAAAAAAGGCCUACUUCAGCCUGAACCAGAUCACAUACUUCCCUUUCUUCUCCAUCACAGACCAUAGUCACCCUUUCAUGUCCAUGCUGGAUCUCUCGUCCAACCGUUUGAGUCGUCUGCCAUGGGUGGAUGUGAAAGCUUUGCCCAUGCUGGUGCAGCGGGGGCUGUACCUCCACAACAACUCUCUGAUCUGUGACUGCUCCAUGUACAGCGUUUUCUGGCAUUGGGAUCUGAGGGGUUACGAAACACUGAGGGACUUUACGGAGGAGCACACUUGCACCAUCUAUGGGAACACGCGAUCGUUCGUGCGGUUCCUGCGACAACCCCGCUUCUUCCGUAACUGCACAGUGGAAAAACCCAUGUCACUCCCGAUGACUGUGUUCCUGUCUAAGCUGACGGUGACAGAGGGAGAAAUGGUGCGUCUAGACUGCGAAACAUCCCUGAGUAGCAGAGACCUCUCAUUUGCAUGGCUCACCCCCAGCAAGGGGUACAUAACCCAGACGAGCAUAAAUGACACUCUAAUGAGCUUGUUUCCCAACGGUACCUUGGAUAUUCAAGUAACCAAGGUCAAUGACUCGGGUUUGUACGUGUGCACAGCUCAGGAUAUGAAACGCGCACUAAAUGCGACGCGGGAGGUGAAUGUGACGGUGGUGUUGCCACAAACCGAAACAUUCAACACAGGCUACACAACCUUGAUAGCCUGUAUGUUGUCCAUGUUGUUCAUCUUUGUGUACCUCUACCUGACUCCGUGUCGCUGCAGCUGCUGCACACAGCCGGGACCUCGCUCUGUUUUCUCCAGCUCCAGAAGAAGCCAUCGCAGGUCCCAAAGCAGCAAGCGUGUAGCAUUCAUGGAGCCAAUGUUAACUGAAGAAAAAACUGAAUGGCCACCUAAAAGUUAAUGGCGACCACGGUGUUAGUUUUCCUUUGUGGAAACAAAAGACCCUCUGGACAAAGGAAAAUUGAGUCUCAGGAAUUAGCGCUGAGGUGCAAUAGAAAUGUGUCAAGGCUGUGAAAGGAAAAAAUCACAUAUUUUUGCUGAUCGCAGGCUCCAGUUAAAAGGCCUCCUGAACAAAAGAGCAACAUUUACCGUUCCGUUUCUCCUUUUCUCUGUCAUUAAGUCCAGAAGUCCAGAGAAAGUUUCAACUUAGGUUUAUUACCCGCAGUGUAAUGACAUUUCUAAAUCACUGUGGAGCCGUUGUCAGACCUAAAAAUCAGCUAAUAACUUCUCUGUGUACUGGGGUUCGGCACUAGGGAGAAAUAUUUCUUGUGGGAUCGGAGAGUGAAUCUGGCUCACUUUUCACAGAAAGUAUUUAACGAGGAUUAAAUGCUACUGAAAAACGCUGCAAGUUCAUGACUGUGACGGACUGCAGGAAGGAAGUGCAGCCUGUGUAUCUGGGUUGAGUUGAAGGGCUCCAUAAUUAGUGUGGCAGAGAUAGGCACUUGCUGAAGAUAAAUGUAAUAUACAGCAAUACUUCUAAACCCGAAACUCUUUCCAACUCAUGAAAACUUCUGUUGCCUGACUUCCUAAUAAAAGAUGUGUUCCCUUCAGAUCAGUUACCUGCCCUGGUGAUAUAGCUUUGUAUAAGCAAUUUCAGAAAAAGAAAAAGGAAUUAAGAUACAGCUAGGAAUAAACAUUUCUGUGCUGAAGCCAUAGCAUUCAAUAAACAUUUGAACAUCUUAUCUAGCAGAAAACAGAGGUGCAUCCUGCAGUGAUCCAUCAUACAUUUCCCAUAUGCACCUGUUGCAUUCAUCUGCCAGCCAAAAACAAUGACUCUCUAUCAGCGCUCUGCUUAUCUGGCAAAUAAGUACAGGAAUCAGGAGUGUCAACAAACCAAAAACAAACAGCAAUUGGAAUGCUUUCAAAGACAGCAUCUCUUUGAUCAAACACAGCAGAGCACUAUGAACUAUGCGGAACAAACGAAAGCACAAAAUUUGAACUGAAGUGACAAAUAGCCUACUUCAAGCAGGUCUGACGCAAAACCCUGAAGGGGGCAUUACUUUGAAAAGCUUUGUAUUUUUAUUUAAAUUCAAUGUAACAUGCUUCAAAUGACAGAAUUACACACUGCAAUGCCAACAAUGAAAGAUGUUGAAGAAGGCCUUGCAUGCACUGCUGUGAAAGAACAUAAGUGUGUGAGACGAGAACAUUAAUUUGAUGACAUGAAAGCCCAAAGAGAGUUUACGGGUGGUCGAGGAUGUAGGGAUUUAAAAAAUCCAAUGAGAAAAAAAAAGAAGAAAAAAGAAACAAAUCAAUUUCUUUAAACCCACGCAAACACAAUGUUUUGAGAUUGUAGUUUAAUCAUAAUGCAAACACCGGGUGGGAUUAAGGAUUGCACCAAGAUUGAAUAGGAUUAGAUGUAAUCCUUCAUAUAAUGUCAAAGAACAGUUGUCAGUAACCACCCAUCUCACAAAAGGAGAGUAUGUCGUUAGAGUAGGAGCCUUUGAUUAUUUCUAAAUCCUUAAUUAAAACUUGACUUCUUUCAAGCCUGAGGGGACAAAUACUGUUGUGCAACUUGAAUGUAAAUUCUGAGAAAAAAAGAGGGAAAUCUAAAAUCAAAUGGCGAGCCAUGCAUGCAAGUGGGACAGACGAGUUCUUUCACAGUGCAAGUUUCAUCACAAUUAAACUCUCAGGGAUUAAGCCGAAAUCCGUUAGAGUGUAUUGUGAUGCAUCACUCUGUUUAAUCACACAGCUACUGACUUAGUAUAUUUAACAAAGUUGUUUCGCCGUGGUAAGCAACAUUCAAACUGCUGAACAAAGGUUACGCAACAUGCCGAUUAUGUGCUUGUGAUAUAACAUCUUGUAUCAGUGGUAUGACAUUGUGUGAUGACUUGGGGUUAGGUUUGAGGAGAUUACCACGAGGAUAAAAACCCGGUGCUUUGUCAAUUUCAGUGUAUUUAAAUCCCUCUAAUCUGGUUCCUCUCUCUGACACAGAACACACAGCUGGGUCAGGAUUUAAUGUUUUUGAUAUGAUUAGCAGACGGGUUAAAACAUAGAGGACAGGAUUUGAGCAUUUUCUAUUCAAGGGCUUUUUAGGUCCACAUGUGACCCUGGUUAUGUAACCAUGCCGCUGAUUUCGGGAAUCAACCUCAGUGUGUAGGCAGAGUAGAAUAAGUGAAGUUACUAUCCGGAUGCCAUUUGCUAUCCAGUGUUUUAUUUCAACCUUCUCACGGCGAGCACUUCAGUGAUAUUGAGAGGCCUAAACACUGCAUUAACUACAUCAAUUAUAUAUUUUUUGCUCAUUCAGAUUGAUACACAUACUUCUAAAUAGAAAUAUCAUGUGUUAUCUAAUAUUUACACAUUAUUGUAUAGUACUUAAAGCUGCACAUUUAUGUGUAGCUUUGAAGUGCUGAUAGCAUUUUAAAGUGUUUUCUGUAUAACUCUAUCUGCAAAUUAUCCUGAAGCGAUCUUACAAAUUACCCAGAUGUAAAGGGAGUACUCGUUGAUGCUUUAAAAGAUGCCCCUCUCCAAAGCAAAACACUCCAUCGGGCUUCAAUUAAAGCAUGCACUCGUCUUUCCAGAUUAAUUGUUUUCCCCUAGUUCAGCUGGGCUCCAAGGGAUUUGAAAUCAUCGUAUUCAAGAAUCUAAUUACUGUGAAAGGGGUAUUUUACUGUGAAUAGCACAAGCUGAAUUGCUUCCAAUAGUGAAGGGCUGCCUUGACUGUCAACAGGGGCUAUUACUAAACUGUCAAAACAGUCAUCAGCCAGGAGUGGAGGCAUCCAGCUGUGGCAGAUACUUAUACAUCUUUUAAGACGUGUGACACCCACAUACACAGCCUCGUGCAGGCCUGAUGCCACCAAACCCAGUAAUAACCUCAUUUCAUUCUAAUUGGACACUUGGAAUAUGUGCUCAAAAACAUAGACAGUGCUUGUUUCUAAAAAGUCCACAACCAGCUAUACUUUAUGUCUCUUUUUAAUUUUUUUUUUUUAAGAGGCAAGCAGGUUGCUUCCAAAAAAAACGUUCAUAAAUGUGGACUGCUGCACACCAGACAACAGGCUCUGUAUCUUACCUCUGCACUGAAUAUGAAUGCAGGCCACUUUCUGUGUUUUCAAAGGAGGAUGAACCAGCCAGAUGUCCACGUCUACAACUGGUCUCAGUCUUUUUCACUGUGGGGCACAUGGAACAUGAAUGCCUCAUUAAUCAAAUGCAUAUAUCUUUCACAUUUCAUUGCAACAGCAGAAUACAUGCAGUGAUACAUUGCUUUUGCCUUUUAUCUGUAUUGUUCCUCUGAGACUGUUUUUGGCUGCAGUGAGUAGAAUUUGGCUGGAUAUAAUAGGAUUUGACACGCAAAAUGCUUCAAAGUAUACACGUUUACAUUGUUACACUUGGCCACUUUUCUCAGACAUCCUCUUGUCUUGUUAUGCUAUGCUUACUCUGUGUUCAGCUUGUGUCAUUUCUCCUACCAGCUGUAAUGUAACAUGUGGUGAUGGCACUUCCUUUGUUAUGUUCUGUCACUUUCAGCCACUUAAAGAAAACGUGAACUGUGAUAAAAUAUAUGUAUGUUCGUAAUACGAUUAAAAAAGACUUGUGCCGUCAGUGAUGGUAAAGGA